CUCCUGCUCAUUCACCCCCGAGAGUGCAAAUCAGGCAACAUGGCGCUGCAUCUCGAACUCCUCCUCUCCUUACUGGCGCUCGUGUCGCUGGGAAAUGCACACAACAUUCUUCUGCGCGCUCACUCACGAGAGUGCUUCCACGAGGAAUUGCACAAGGACGACAAGAUGACCGUCACUUUUCAAGUUGGCGACAGGGAAUUUGGAGGCAGUGGGAAUCUUGACAUUGACUUUUCGAUACAAUCACCGAACGGAGCAUAUCAGGUCAACGAACGAACUGUCAGCGCUGGAGACCAUUCCUUCGAUGCGAAAGAGGACGGCAGAUACACGUACUGCUUCAGCAACGAGCACUGGUCCGCGAACACAAAGGAGGUCAGCUUCAACGUACAUGGAAUCGUCUAUGUCCCUGAGAGCGAGGCUCCACAAGAUCCCCUCGAAAAAGAAGUCCGCGCCAUGUCUGAGCUCAUCGCGCAAGUCAAGGACGAGCAAGGGUACAUCAUCGUCCGCGAACGAACGCAUCGCAACACUGCUGAGAGCACCAAUGCUCGAGUCAAGUGGUGGAGCAUCUUCCAGCUCGGCGUAUUGGUUGGCGAGGGCAUCUUCCAGGUGUGGUGGCUGAAGCGAUUCUUUGAGGUCAAGCAUGUAGUAUAACAGAUAUACACGAAAAGCGAUGAACAUU